GCUACUAGACCUCAAAGAUGAGGAGGGAUUUCAGACCGAUGCUGCCUUGGCUCUGUUCCUGCUAAACUAAGACCUGGCUAUGCUGAUGUGCUGGCUCCAGUACUGUACAACAUCUAUACCAAUGGCCAGCCAAUGGACCAGAACACUGAACGAUUCAUCUACGCAGACGACUUUUGUGUAACAUCUCAAGAGAGUAUGUUUGAAUCGGUCAAAGCAAACCUCACGUCAGCCCUAUAUGAGCUACUCCUCUACUACGAGCGAAACCAUCUACAUGGAAACCCUGCGAAGACCCAAGUCUGCUCGUUCCAGCUCAGGAACCGGGAUACGAACCGACCUCUUAACGUCAAAUGGUCUGGAACACCACUUGAGAACUGUACCAACCCUGUCUACCUUGGCGUAACCCAGGACCGCACCCUCUCCUUGAAGGAACACAUCAAAAACACCAAACUGAAAGUCCGUUCCCCUAACAACAUCUUAUGGAAACUGACAAAUUUCAAAUGGGGAGCCACAGCACACACACUAAGAUGUACUGCUUUGGCCUUGUGCUAUUCCUCGGGGGAGUAUGCAUGUCCUGUCUGGGAGAGAUCAACCCAUGCCAAGAAACUAGACCCAGCGCUGAACAACACCUGCCGCUUGAUCCCUGGUGGCUUGAAGCCUACCAACCUGAACAACCUACAUCUCCUCACUGGCAUUGCCCCUGCAGACGUGAGACUGGAAGUUGCCAGCCGAGUAGAGUUCUCACAAAAGCUACCAGUGACGAACGCCACCUCCUCCAUGAACGUGAACCCUCAGCCCAACGUCUGAAGUCAAGGAGAAGCUUCCUCAGCAAUGUCCAGCCCCUAACAACAUCUUGGGAAGAAACCAGACUCCAGCUAUGGACAGAAAGACUAGAGAAAGACCCCCCUCCUAUUGACAUGGGAAUCCCCCCUUCUGAAGACCUGCCCCCCGGGUCGGACACACCGUGGGUCCAGUGGAAGACACUAAACCGCCUGAGAACAGGAACGGGGGCGAUCAAAAGCUGCUAUGGCCAGAUGGGGCUACAAAACCGGCUCAACCACCUGUGAAUGCGGAGAAGAAGACCAUACGAUGCAGCACUGCCUUGUCUGUCCUCUGCUACCCAACCAGUGCAGCUUAAAAGAUCUCGCAGAGUUCAACAACAAUGCAAAAGACUGUGCAAAGAAAUGGGAAACUGUCAUAUAACCACAUGCUUCAAAGACACGAAAAGAAGAAGAAGAAUUAGAGACUUAAUAUUUGUGACAAUAUUACGGCGGACAUCAUCAUUCCAUAUAGUCCACCGGCGCCGCCAGAAUCAACCAAAACCGUAAGUUCUCAAGUGGGGCUUUAAUCGAGACCAGUAUUUUAACUGACACAAAGUCCUAUGAGAAAAACAGUUCCCGAACCAAUCAAAAGAUCCUGAGACAGAUUUGAUGCAAGCCUAAAAAAUUCCA